GCCGGCCGGCUCCCCUCCCCCGGCCGCUGGCUCGCUCGGCUCGCAACGCUGCAGAGGCUCCGAGGCGGCGGCGCGGCGACUCCGUCUUUCCCUCCUUCCUUCUCCGUCCGUCCGUCCGUGCGUCUGUCCGUUCGGCCUCGGUCCGGCCCGCAGCAUGGCCGGCGUGAGCUUCAGUGGCCACCGCCUGGAGCUGCUGGCGGCGUACGAAGAGGUGAUUCGGGAGGAGAGCGCGGCCGACUGGGCUCUGUACACUUAUGAGGAUGGCUCAGAUGACCUCAAGCUUGCAGCAUCAGGAGAUGGCGGCUUGCAGGAGCUCUCCGGCCACUUUGAGAACCAGAGGGUGAUGUAUGGCUUCUGCAGUGUCAAGGACUCCCAGGCUGCUCUGCCAAAAUACGUGCUGAUCAACUGGGUUGGUGAGGAUGUACCUGAUGCCCGCAAAUGUGCUUGUGCCAGCCACGUGGCUAAGGUGGCUGAGUUCUUCCAGGGCGUCGACGUGAUCGUGAAUGCCAGUAGCGUGGAAGACAUCGAUGCGGGCGCCAUCGGGCAGCGGCUCUCCAAUGGGCUGGCGCGGCUCUCCAGCCCUGUGCUGCACCGACUACGGCUCCGUGAGGACGAGAAUGCCGAGCCGGUGGGCACCACCUAUCAGAAGACUGAUGCGGCUGUGGAGAUGAAGCGGAUUAACCGCGAGCAGUUCUGGGAGCAGGCCAAGAAGGAGGAAGAACUGAGAAAGGAGGAGGAGCGGAAGAAGGCCCUGGAUGAGAGACUCAGAUUUGAGCAAGAGCGGAUGGAGCAGGAGCGGCAGGAGCAGGAGGAGCGGGAGCGCCGAUAUCGGGAGCGAGAGCAGCAGAUUGAGGAACACAGGAGGAAACAACAGACUUUAGAGGCUGAGGAGGCCAAGAGACGGUUGAAGGAGCAAUCUAUCUUUGGUGACCAGCGGGAUGAGGAGGAAGAGACCCAGAUGAAGAAGUCAGAAUCAGAGGUAGAGGAGGCAGCAGCCAUUAUUGCCCAGCGACCUGAUAAUCCACGGGAGUUCUUUAAGCAGCAGGAAAGAGUCGCAUCGGCCUCCGCAGGCAGCUGCGAUGUGCCCUCACCCUUCAACCACCGACCAGGUCGUCCGUACUGCCCUUUCAUAAAGGCAUCGGACAGUGGGCCUUCCUCCUCCUCCUCUUCCUCUUCCUCCCCUCCACGGACUCCCUUUCCCUAUAUCACCUGUCACCGCACCCCAAACCUCUCUUCCUCCCUCCCAUGCAGCCACCUGGACAGCCACCGGAGGAUGAUACCUACCCCUCUCCCUGCCCGGAGCCCCUCUGACUCCAGCACGGCCUCCACCCCUGUUGCUGAGCAGAUCGAGCGGGCCCUGGAUGAGGUCACGUCCUCACAGCCUCCACCACUGCCGCCACCACCCCCAGCAGCCCAAGAGACCCAGGAGCCCAGCCUCAGCCUGGAUAGUGAAGAGACCAGCAAGGAAGCCAGAGCAGCAGCCCCUCAGGCCAGGGCUGGCCCCCUGGAGGAGUCCCCUCAGGCCUCGGAGCCUCCCGAGGGCCAAGGCAGCCCCAUGGAGGAGGACUUGAUGUUCAUGGCAUCUACAGAGCAGGCAGACCUGGCUGCCUCUUUAGAGCCUGCCAUGGCUGGAGCCUCUGCAGCCGACAGCCCAGUAGCUGAUGCCAUUGAAACCGACACUGCCGUGGCUGACACUGCUGUUGCUAACACCGUCACCCCUGCCGCUGCCAGCCUCAUUGACCUUUGGCCAGGCAAUGGGGAAGGGGCCUCUGCACCCCAGGCUGAGCCUCGGGCCCCCACACCACCUUCAGGUGCCGAAGUCAUGCUGGCGGAGGUGCCCCUGCUGGAUGAGGUGGCUCAGGAGCCACUGCUGCCAGCAGAAGGCAGUGCCAAUCUUCUCAGUUUUGAUGAGCUGCCUGAGCCGCCAGCCACCUUCUGUGACCCAGGGGAGGAAGUAGAAGGGGAGCCCCUGGCUGCCCCCCAGGCUCCAACUCUGCCCUCAGCUCUAGAAGAGCUAGAUCAGAAGCUGGAGCCAGAGCUGGAACCAGAGCCCCACCUGCUGACCAAUGGCGAGACCACCCAGAAGGAGGGGACCCAGGCCAGUGAGGGGUACUUCAGCCAAUCACAGGAGGAGGAGUUUGUCCAAUCAGAAGAGCUAUGUGCAAAGGCUCCGCCUCCUGUGUUCUACAACAAGCCUCCAGAAAUCGACAUCACCUGCUGGGAUGCAGACCCAGUACCGGAAGAGGAGGAGGGCUUCGAGGGUGGUGACUAGCAGUGGUGCCUGCCCUUAGGCUGCCCUCGCCAGGGCCGCCCACCUGCCCCGUCUCUGGCCAGAUGGUCCACAGUGCCUGCACUCGCAGCAGCUCCGCCUGGCACCCACUCUGGAUUCUGGCCCUGGCUGGGAACUUGGCCGCAUCCCUACCCACAGGGCCCUACUUUUACAGCUUUUCUCUCUUUUUUUUUUUUUUAAAGUUGAUAGGAGACUUGUACAGUUGACUGGUUUUCCUCCCGUUGGUAGUUGAGACGCUGUUGCAAAUUCCACCCCCUUACCACCCGGUCCAGAUUGUAGCUCUUAGUCCUCCCUGCUCACUCACCUGGCCGGGGUGGAGGCCUCACCUUGCUUGGGGCCUGGCGUGGGGGGGAAGUUUUGGUGGGAAAGUGUUCCCCCCACCUCUUUUCCUAGUUUUCUGUUUCUUGGAAAAAAUAUCACUUUGUAUUCUCUGUCCAGGGCUUCAGAUAUUUUGCACGAAUUUUAAAACAUGGCAAUAAAUGGCUCGUGGGCUCUGGCUCCCUGGGACACCCCUCCCUACCCUUCUCUUGACCCUUCCCCACCUGGCCCAAAGGAAGAGAAGCAGGCCUAGCUGGGGCCUCUCAGCUUCCCGGCCCUUUCCUGCCCCCUCCUGCUGGGCAGGUCCCAGGCUGGAGGCCCUCGGCGUGAUUCAGGUCAGGGCUAUGGGUGGCCCCUCUCCAUCUCCUCCUUCUUUGCUUGGGUUCCUUUUUCACGUUCAGUAACUGUUUUUUGGAAAGCACAAACUUCUGUAACAGGUCGUGCUCAUGUCUGUUAAUAAAGAAAUCCAGAUCCCUUCA